CUUGUGCCCCUAGAUAUGCUCAAGCUCUUCAUUUUGCAUAGGUGCUUGUGUGCGCUCCUUGGAUAUUUAUGUGUUUUGUAGUGGAGCUGCAACAUAUUUACUCAAAUCCUUUAAAAGGUGUUGCUGUGGAAACCAAGGAAGCCUCUGAAACAAUUGAGGAGUCUGUAGAAGCAGGUAUAGUGGAAGCUGCAGCAGAAGAGGUCACGGAACAGGAAGCUAUCCCCGCUACACCUUUGGAGCAGGAGCAACCUUUGACUGAAGAGGAAUCUUCCGCAUCACCGUUAGAGGAGGAGCCAGCAGCAAGCCCAGAGGCCUCUACCGAGCAAGUAGCUCUAGUAGAACAAGAAAAUACUGAACCUGUAGUAGAGGCUGUAGCUGCAGAGACCUCUCCUGUGCUUGAAGCAAGUUCAGACAACAUCCCAGUGGAGCUGGCCUCAGCAGCAGAAGAUUGGUCAGAGUUCUCAGCUCGUAAACCAGAAGAAUCAGUGGAGGAGAAUUUAUCUGUAGCAGAAGAGAGUGAAGAGGCUGUAGAAUCUGGAGCUGCUGCUGCAAGUUCCUAAAGAUUGGAGAAAUCCUUCUACAUAAACAGUAUAGUUCCU